GAAGGAAUAUGGCUACAUGUAAGCUACUCCCCUAUGUCUGCCCUAAGUGGGCCCAACAACUUCAUCAUGUUCCUAAGUACCAGAUCAAGCUUGCCAAUCCUGGAACUCCAAUUCAUAAAUGGAGUUUGCCUGGUGUUCCAUCGAAGUUUGAAGUUUCCAUAAAAAGGGAUGACAUGACAGGAAGCACGCUAUCUGGCAAUAAAGUGCGGAAGUUAGAAUUUUUGAUGGCAGAUGCUGUUGCGAGAAAAUGUGGUCAUGUGAUCACAUGUGGAGGCGUACAAUCGAAUCAUUGUAGAGCGACAGCAGUGGCAGCGCGACAAUUACAUCUGCAUCCACACCUGCUGUUACGGACAGAUACACAGGAUCCAGCAGAGAUAGGCGUUGAAGGGAACCUUUUCUUGGAUCGACUGUGCAGUGCCGAGAUCUAUGUGGUCCCUAAGAAGUGUCCUUAUGAAACUGAACUGAAACCACGCAUGGAGAAGUUGGCAAAUAUUCUCAAGGAGAAGACGGGCGAGGAUGUAUACUUGGUGCCAGUCGGGGGAUCCAACUCUGUCGGUUUGUUUGGAUACAUUACCGUUUUUGAGGAAAUGAUUUCUCAGGGGCUGUUCGACCAGUUUGAUGAUGUUGUUUUUGCCUGUGGAUCUGGUGGUACGGCAGCUGGACUUGCUAUCAGUAACCACCUCACAGGUUCUCACAUCAAAUGCCAUGCAAUCAUUGUUUGUGAUGACAAAGCCUACUUCACUGACCACAUAAACCAGACCUUAUGUGAUGUCGGUCUGGACACUGUCCAUUGUCAAGAUAUACUGGACAUCAUUGAAGGUCACAAAGGUCGCGGGUACGGCCUGUCUACAGAAGAUGAACUAGAAUUCAUCAUGAAGGUGAGUCAGCAAACAGGAAUUAUGUUGGACCCGGUGUACUCGGGGAAGGCUGCACGGGGCCUUGUGGAAGAACUUUGCAAUAAUCCUGACAGAUUCCAGGGAAAUCGGAUACUGUUCAUACAUACAGGUGGUGUUUUCGGCAUGUAUGAUGGUCGUCUGAAUUCAGUUGUAAAAGCAGAGACUAAGGGCCUUGUGCGAAAGUGGCCGACACUAAACAGUUUCCCAGACUAAAGAGGAAUCUAUUUACAGUAGAAGUGUGUACCAAUGAAAGCAUUGAAUUUUGGCAUUUUUCUUGUACUUAUUUAAAGAUAUUGAAGGAACAUUAAAGCCCGAGAAGUGGGAUUUUUUUAAACA